AUGAAGUUCCUCGUAUAUGUCGCCAUGGUCACCAUCAGCGGUGUCACUGCCGGGAGCACCGCCGCCGCUCCCACCGUCUCCGUGCCCACGGACGGCGACAAGGACUGCUUGGCCAACUACAUCGUUAGGCAAUGCCUUCAGAGCCAGAAUGAAAAGCUUGAAGCCUGCAGCGCAACCGACCACGAAUGUCAAUGCUAUGCAUCCCAAGCCAUCGCAACCUGCUACAACAACUGCCCCAACGACGCCCGCGCCCCGGGGGCCACCCAAGCCAUGAAUGGCGCCUGCAUGGCGGCCUCUGCCUACGCCACCAUCACCACAAAGGCCACUUCCACCGCCGAGGCCGCGGCCACGAGCGCCGCAGCCGCAGCCGACGACAACGCAGCUGCCUCUGCCUCUAGCUCGUCUGUCGUGCCCACAAGGUCCGUCACCUCGUCCGCUCCCGGCGCCAGCAAGACCAAUGGUGCCGAGAGCCUCGCUGGCAAUGCUGCCGGCAUGCUUGCCGCCGUUGCUGGUGCCGUAGCUAUUGUCUUGUAA